CCCCACUGACUAACAUCUCUCGUUGAACCUCUCGUCACCUUUCAGCUUAUAAAGAGUCCACGGAGGAUUUAUAGUGACUCAGUGAGAGUUCAUGCGGAUACUCAAGGAGUCCUGGUGACAAAGAAGAGUGCUUCUUGAGAGUGAUAAAUUUUCAAAUAUUUCCUGAGAAAUGAACAACGCGUGCAAUAAUGUGAAAAUUAAAAUUAUCAUUCUUUCACAUUAAAUUGUGAUCAAAAUUUAUGUCUGAAAAUAAUGUGGAUUUGUGUGUAUAUUCUCUCAUUCCUUGAUUACGAAAUGUCUCUUGUGCCAGAGUGAUAUUAAGGAAAUUGUCUUUGAGUGGCUUUUCAUUGUGCUUCAGACGAGAAAUUCACGAUUUUGUGCUCUUUUAUUUUCGACUGUGUGAUUAGCAAAAGAGAAAUGAUGGUGUAGUGUAAGUCAAGUGGAGGAAGCAGGUGUUGUGUGCUGUUUCUUCAAAGAAUCAUCAAAGCCAUUUCAUAUAGGAUUAUGUGUAUUGGAUCUGUGGUGAAAAUUACCGUGAUAGGAGUGAUCAAUGUGAUUGAAAAAUGGUCGAUGCUAUAGAUACUAGAGUAUUGGCAAAUUGUACGAUAUUGGCUGUGAAUCAUUUCCCAUGGUCACCCCCAUUUUACAAUGAGUCCACAAUCUUCUCAUUCAAUCGUACAUCCAUUCUAGAAUUGCUCAAAUAUAUGAUUGAGAUCAGUCGUCAGGAUGAUCCUCAAGAAGAUUCUAUCAGACAAUUCAUGACUGAAUGUCUCUACCCCUCAUCAACACUCGCCUAUGAAUUACCUUGGGAACAGAAGACGAUUUGGGGCGUAAUCUUCGGUGCGAUGCUAUUCAUUGCCAUUACAGGAAAUUGCAUAGUUCUGUGGAUUGUUCUCGCACAUCGUCGAAUGAGAACUGUGACCAACUACUUCCUACUAAAUUUGAGUGUUGCUGAUCUUCUCAUGUCAUCCUUAAAUUGUGUAUUUAACUUCAUCUUCAUGCUCAACUCGGAUUGGCCAUUUGGUGCUGUCUAUUGCACAAUCAACAACUUCAUAGCCAAUGUCUCCGUGGCUGCAUCUGUCUUCACCCUUGUCGCCAUAUCCUUUGACAGAUAUAUUGCCAUCGUGAGACCCUUACGACACCGGACAUCCCGAAAGAAAGCGAGAAUAUUUCUCCUGAUUAUUUGGGCGCUCAGUGGAAUACUCGCUACACCGUGUCUUCUCUAUUCUACAACCAAAACAAAAAGAUACUUCAAUGGAAAAACUCGAACACAAUGCUAUAUGGCGUGGCCUGAUGGGACUUACCCCACAUCGAUGGCAGAUUAUAUAUACAAUCUGGUAUUUCUCAUCCUCACCUACGGCAUCCCAAUGCUCAUCAUGAUUGUGUGUUACUCUCUGAUGGGCAAAGAGCUGUGGGGGAGUCGCUCCAUUGGAGAACACACUGAACGUCAGUUGGAAUCGAUGAAAUCCAAGAAGAAGGUCGUUCGAAUGUUUAUUAUAAUUGUGACAAUAUUUGCCAUAUGCUGGUUGCCCUAUCAUCUCUUCUUUGUGUACGCCUACCACAAUAAUCAAGUAACAUCAACGAGUUACGUGCAGCAAAUGUACCUUGCCUUCUACUGGCUGGCCAUGUCAAAUGCCAUGGUAAACCCUCUCAUCUACUAUUGGAUGAAUGGGCGAUUCAGAGUUUACUUCCAGGAGAUUAUAUGCUAUUGCUGCCUCCGCGUCUGGAAGGCACACAACAAAGGGGCUGGGGAUAAAGUUCCUGGAAUACUCAGCCGACGAAACUCACAGUCAGACUUUGCCCGUACGAAAUCAUGUCGACCCAAACCUGUGUCUGUGCAGUGGCAUCAAACAAUGCCAGGAAACAUUCGGGUGAAGCACUUGAAUCCUGAUGGAAAUGCGCAGGGUAGUCCUAAAUUUAACUCUACUGCUACAACCCAUAUGGAUGUUGCAAUUCCAGGAGCAAAUUACCACGAUGGGUAUCAGCGGGAAAAUUGUAUGUUGCAGCCCACCUGUGAACUUGCCCACUCUCUCAAUGAUGUUCAAGUGUAUUCAAACGGUUGCUCAGAGUACUCCUGACAUCCUCAGUAUGACUGAAAUUAUCUGAACGGCAGUGGCCGAAGAAAUAUUGAAGAUGUGGCUGAAAGCGACGAAGAAGAGGAUUACAAAAAAGAUGCUCUAUGUGAUGUGGAUAGGUCUUCAAUUUGCCUAAAUACCUUUCCGAAGGCAACUGUGCCAAGUGAUGCACCUAACAGUGUCUUUACCGCGCCUAUGGCACCACAACGAACAACACCCUACAAAAGUACACUUGUUUAGCAUCUGAAAACUAACAUCCUAAUGUCUUUAUCUGUGAUUGCGUGAGAUUUUAAUGUGGGUAAAAUUGGUAUAAAAUGUCUUUGAAACCGUCUUUAUAAAAUAUAAAGUUAUUUUUAUUGCUUUUGGACUGAUCGACCUCAUGUCCAGUUAUUUGGAUCUCAAAUCCCUUAUCUUAUGCCCUAGACACACUUACGACUUAAGCCGAGAGACGAUUUAGUGGAAAAUGAUGCUAAGCCGUCUCUCGGCUAAUCCUCAAAUCUGUCAACGCCCUUAACCUUUUCCUUAAAAAAACUGUUUAAAGAAUAUUCUCCACAAUUUCCCUAAAUUUUGUAAGUCUUAUAAUUUUGACCUUUAACUAGAUAUUUACAUAAAAUACUUAAGCCAUAAAGAGUCAUUGAGUAGCCCAGUAACUGUAAUGCUAUUUUUACUUAUAACAGUUUUCACUAUACGAGAAAAAUGUUUUGUAAAAUUGUUCGUAAAUGUUUGUGAAUUCUCACUGUGGACUUAAAAAAUGCUCGUAAAUUGUAUAGGGGAAGGUUUUGCACCUUUGUAAGGUUGCAGCUUCGUAAAAAUUGAUUUUUUUCCAAGUUACUAAAUGAAUAUCAUCCAUGGUCAUAUAGUCCAAUAGCUAAUCCAACAGCUCACAUUUCCUGGAAAACUUGGGGCCUAGGCCUUUUUUCCUAGGUCCAAAAGGCAAAAAUAAAAAAUUAGCCUAAAAUCGUAAUUCUGAUGUGUAAUAUAUUAUGCAUUUUUCCACAGUUCAAGUGUCUUUUCGAAAAAACGACUAUUCCAAGUUAUAGAGGGUUUAUUAGGGUUAAUAUAUACCGUGAAAAUCUUUUGCUUGAAGGGGAUCGUUUUUGUGGGUGGAGGAAAAUUCAUAAAAAUUUCCACCUUUACAGCUCAGGAAAAUUGAAUUUUGCAGAUUCGUAAAAACAUCUGUCAAAAUUAUUGACCACCGAAUUUGAGAAUUCCUCACUGUUUUGGGUCACACUGUGCACGCCGCUCGGGAUAUUUGACUCAUCAGAGAUUCCACUGAAUAAAUUCACAAGACAAUUGGGAUAUUAAACAAUUUUCACUAAAAUCUCGAAGGAAAAUACGCACUUCCCACUCAAAAUGAGACUUCAUCAGAUGUUUUUUUUAUUUCACUUCUGUCAAAUUAAACAUUAAGCCUAAAUUUGCUUAUGGUAGAUGUGAUUCUUUCAUUGCCCAUGCGGUGCGUUUUGAGAAUUUUUCAUCCAAUUUCCUUUGUUUUUAAGUGGAAUUUUUCACAUUUUACUUUAAAUUAAUCACUGGUAAUUCUAAGAAUCACUGAUGUUCAAAAAAUGUUCUGUAAGACAGAUUCGAGGCGUUAGAGAAAACACAAGGAUUACAAUAGGUGUGAUUACUACUCUUUCUGAUUUGUGCAGUGUUAAAACUAGACUGCUUGUGGUAGAUGUGAUUCUUUAAUUGCCACUUCGAUGUAUUUUGAGUAUUUCUCAUUCAAUUUUCCUUGUUUUAAAGUGAAACUUCCCACAUUUCACUUUAAAUUGGUGGCUGGUCAUUUUUGAAAUCAGUUACGUUCGAAAUAUGUUCUGUAAGACCAAUUGGAAGUGUUAGAGAAAAUCCGAGGAUUACAAUAGGUGUGAUUAUGAGAGAAUCAUACCUAACCAAGCUCUUAACUGACUGUCAGAAGCCAGGGAAAAAUGGUUUUCCGAGUGUCAAAAAACAUGUGUUAGGAAAAUAGCUUAUAUUUGAUUUUUAAUGCGUGAUACUUCCUAUAAAUGGUGAAAACAAGUAGAUGAAAGCUCCAUCUAAGUAGUGAUGCCCAAAUUUUUGUGUCCGUUGUAAUGUUUUCGGGGAAAAUGAGGCCUACAGAGGUGGGAAAAAGUGAUACGAAGCUGAGUUAAUCAGGUCACCUUCGUAAAAAAUGCCGCUACAUUUUCAUUUUCCUGUAGAGAAAAAUCCAAAGACUUCCAGGAAUUUUGUGGGGCAGAAUUAUGAACCCAAUAAGUAAGAGAUUUUUUGACAUAGUGAUAUAAUUGGAAUCAAUUAUAUCACUAUGUCAAUGUGUGUCUAUGUGUGGCAUUCAGUAAAAAAUCUUAAAUCUUGGACUUCUUUUUUAAUACGAACCUUCAAAACCUUCUCCUAGCCCACUCGUUCGUAAAAGUUUGCAAUUUUUCACAAACACAAAGUUUUUGUUCGUUUACAAACAUUUCUUCGCAAAUACUCCUAAACACAGAAAAAAUGUUCGUAAAAUUUUGUCAUUUGCUCGUAAAUUUUUGCCAAACAAACAAAAAUGUAUGUACAAAUGUUUUUAAAGGAACAAAAAUGAUCGUUAAGUGAUCAUCUUACGAACAUUGUCAAAAAAUAUAAACUUUUACGAAUUUUUAGUGGGUUAUACAACGUACGAGCAUUUCGUAAGUCCCCUCUAGGAAUUCACAUACAUUUACGAAAUAUUUUUUUCUGUGUAGAAGUAAUAUAAUACAAGCAAAUUUUAAGAAUAACAUGGCGCUUUUACAUCUUACUGAGAGACUACUAUUAAAAAAAAUAAGAAAAAAUAUUAGAACUUCAAAUAUUUUAAAUACCGGAAACUAGUCCGCCGGAAAGUGUAAGAAUCUGUCACUAUUUGACCUGUAGCUAAUAGCUGUAGGUAAUGGCCAGAUGAGUAUGGGUGUUUGGGUACUUUAUGCUAAUUUUCCUCCUAUGACUUUUACUUCAAAAGCUCAGAAUCUGGAGACAAGGUCGACCAAUCUAAAAUCACUUAUAUUAGAUACCGUUUAUGCAGAAAUGUUCAAAGAAGAUUUUUAUCAAUUUUUAGUCAGAUUUGUUAAACCAUAAAUCGGCCGAAAACUUGCAGCAUUGUCCCACGUAAUCACAGUUAUAUCCUUUGAGUCAACUUUUAGGUUUGUAUUUGAAAGUUUAGGUGACAGAGAGUGACUUUCAGAGGAAGUGACUCUGAAGACACAUGUUGCAUUCACCAGAUUUUUUCGCUGCCAGACUCAGGAUAGUGUGACUAAUUUAGUGCCACAGGAAAUUACGAGUGACUCUCUAACAGAGUCAUCACAUACAGCUAUUAAUUGUGGCACUUGAGUGCAAAAUUCCACAAACUGUAAAAGAGCUUUCCCUUAGCUAAAAAAGCGACAAAAAAAUUCAUGCAUAAAAUAUCCUUACUGUUUUCUCUCUAGUUUACUUAAAGAGAAAUAUCUAAAAAGACUGGUUAGUUAAAUUAGAAUAUGUAGUAUAAAAUGAGAAGAACCUUUCAAUUGUAAACACUGAUGAGAGCUCUAUUGUAAGUUCAAAAGUUAAAAAAAAACGUAUAUAUUAAAGAUUAUAUGACAACGAAA